GAAGUGAGGAAAGAGGAGCAGGAGGAAUGAGGGCAGGAAGGAGAGAUGCCAUUUAGCGCUGCCUUCUCUGUGACCGAGCAGGACACAAGGUGUGAACUUAAAAAGGUUGUUGCUGUUGCCAUGGCGAGGCCCGGACGCCCCAUGUCUGAGAGCUACCGUCCGGUCUCUCGUUCAGUCAGUCAGUCGUCCUCUGACUCCAGUGACGCCACGGUUCUGGGCUCGGAGGACGGCGACGAUCAGGUGCCCAUUUUCUCCCUCUCCAAGAGCUCCAUGGACGUCGUCAUGGCGACGGGGCCUCCGCACAAGCGGGACCCGGCCUGGACCCGCGUGGACCUGAGACGCAGCUCCAGCACCAACACUCACAUCGAGCGGAACUCGGUGACGCUGCAGCAGCUGCACCCGCACAUGUGGCAGCACAUGAACUCCACCAGCGGCCAGCAGCCAUCGCUCUCAGCCCAACACGCGGACUUGCAGGGCCCUCCGGCCCUCAGCGAGCGCUGGAUCACCAACAUGCAACGCUGGAGCGCGUGCAGCAGCACACACAGCCGCAGCAGCACUCCAGACACAGUCAUAUGGAAAGGUGGGACCUCACGGCCCUCGAGUAUUACCCAGGGAUCCCCUUGUUCUCCGCUGUGCAAACCGAGCUCUUCACAAACCACACCGUCUCCCUUCAUCUCCCCCCUACAAACACCAACUCUACCACGUAAAGAUCUUUUAACUUCCUCUUCAGCUCUCACACUGAGCACACAUGAGCAGGAAGACUUACUCCCGUCCUCCACCAAACCCUCUCCACUGACGUCACCCAUGGGGGCUCACACCACCUCACCUUCGUCGUACUCCCCCAAUCUCCUCCAGCUGACCAGCAAAGAGGACCAGAGCUUUCCCGGAGAAUAACUCUCUUUAUUUUAUAUUCCCAUCUGUUAACUUAGCAGAAGGAGGUGCGUCUUCAGAUGCCGGAUGCCUUGUUGACGACGUGAUGGAGAAGCCGCACAGUCCUGGAGGCUCGGAGAUAUCAGAGAGUGAAGCACUGAGAAGCCCGGCGCAAAUUAUAAACUACUUGACGCCUACUUCUCCAGCGUAUGGACAGGAAUCAGGAAGAGGAGCCUCAGAUAGCCAUGUCGAGCUGCCAUGGCAACUGGGGCCACGCUUUCCGACAGGUCGCAGUUGGAAGUCCCCCCUGGUUUCUUCCUUGAGCGACUCGCUCCUGGGGGUCUGCAGCAGGUGCCAUUUGAACGGCAGAGAGGGCAUCCCAAGGGCACAGGGGUUCAGGGACGAAGGUACAAUGACCUCACAGCUGGAGCUGGUGGAUGCAGCGGUGCAGACAAUUUCUCCUGUCAAUUCCUUGUGGGGCCUCGGGAGGAACCUGUCCAACUCCAACAUGGGCUCUCACUCCUUUCUGGGCUCGCCACCUGGAUCAAGACUCAACCUGAAGUCCUCAGUGGGGUCAAACUCCAAUCUGGUGUCCCCGUCCUCCAGCAUGUUUCCAAUGAGCAGCUGCGAGGAGGAGGAGGAGGAGGUGAGGGGAGGAGACGACCCGACGUGGGACAUCAACUCCGUCUCCUCGCACGAUCUGGAGAGGAAGAGGUCGUGUCUGAAGAUGAAGCUGGAGGGGGACGGGAACCCGUAUCGGAGGAGGGGCAGCAUGAAGCAGGUGCAGUGGGACGAGGAAGGGAUGACGUGGGACGUUCACGGAGCAUCGCUGGACCCAGAGGUGCUGAGCACGUCCAUACUGAAACAUCUGGAACUCCAGAUCAGCCCCCAAACACCCAGACAUACCUCGAAGAAGAAGACAUUACCGAAGCCCCCACUCAUAUCGAACGUGGUGACGGCCAUUGUCCCGGAUUUUCUUCCGCCCGUGAUGGUCAUCACCCGGGCUUGCACGGAGGGUGAGAGUGAGAAGACACCGGGGGAAGACGGAGGAAGAGAAGCUGUUCGUAGAAUAAGCAGAGCGGAGGCGUCAUAUGCAAAAGAAGAGGAUGAGGUGUAUGGGGAGGAAGGCACCGCCCGGCCUAAAUCCCCUUCGAGUAGGAGUGGACACAGCCGCAAGAAGAGUGUGAGAAGGGCACUGAAGAAGCCUGGGUGGUGUGUCGGCUCCAGCAAGGCAGCCGACUGAUCUAAUUAUCUGCAGCUGAUCAAACCCUCAAUUUAAAAAAAUGACCUCCUGAUAAACUUCUGCUGUUGAGACUCUCUUUGUCAUUUAAAGGUUGAGCUAAAAUGUCCUAAAUGUUGUUCCUCCACUCAUUAGGAUCUUUUUUUAAUUUUUUAGAGAGAAUGUGAUUUCUCUUCGAUGAAAAAGGCUGCUGUUUUUAGAAUAAAAAAGUAAAUCUAUAUUGUAAUUAACAGGUACUAUUCUUCUAAAACACGCUUGAACAAAACAUUGCUUGUUGUGUUAUAUGCAAUUAAAGUAUUCAUCGUUUCUAUAAAGAC